UAUAUGGGCAAAGACAGGCCGAGCGAGAGCUGCACCCGCUUCCGUGUUUGUGUGAUCGGGGAGUGCACAGCCGGGGCAGCCUCACUGUCGCCACUGUUUCAUUCAUUUGGAAGUGUAGCGUUAAGCGGGACACCAGCGGAGACCAUGCCGUAUGAACUGAAACAAGUGUUUGCCAGCCUCCCGCAGAUGGAGAGGGGGGUGGCGAAGGUUCUUGGUGGUGAUCCCAAAGGCAAAAACUUCCUGUAUACCAAUGGGAAGUCUGUCAUCAUCAGGAACAUUGAGAACCCAGCCAUAGCGGACAUUUACACUGAACACGCCCACCCAGUGACUGUUGCUAAGUAUGCCCCCAGUGGAUUCUACAUUGCUUCUGGAGAUGCAUCAGGGAAGCUCCGCAUCUGGGACACCACCCAGAAAGAGCACCUGCUCAAGUACGAGUACACCCCUAUAUCAGGGAAGAUCAAGGACAUUGCAUGGACGGAGGACAGCAAGAGGCUCGCUGCUGUUGGGGAUGGACGAGAGAAGUUUGGGGCAGUGUUCCUGUGGGAUACCGGCUCCUCCGUGGGAGAACUUUCUGGCCACUCUAAAACGAUCAACAGCGUGGACAUAAAGCAGAAACGUCCCUACCGCCUGGUCCUCGCCAGCGACGACACCUGCGGCUCCUUCUUCGAGGGCCCUCCCUUCAAGUUCAAGUUCACGUUGCGCACCCACAGCCAGUUCGUCAACUGUGUCCGUUUCUCUCCAGACGGAGGUCUGUUUGCGACAGCUGGUGCCGACGGCCAGAUUUUCCUCUUUAAUGGAUCGACUGGUGAGCCUGUUGGACCACUGGGUGGAGAGAAGGCCCACAAGGGCGGAAUCUAUGCCGUCAGCUGGAGCCCUGACAGCUCCAAACUGAUCUCUGCUUCAGGGGACAAGACAGUGAAGCUCUGGGACGUGGGCGCAGGUACAGCUGUCACCACCUUUAACUUGGGCUCUGACGUGUCCGACCAGCAGCUGGGCUGCCUGUGGCAGAAUAGCCACCUGCUCAGCAUCUCCUUGUCAGGGUACAUCAACUACCUCGACCAGAACAACCCUGACCGGCCCAUUCGCACGAUCAAGGGUCACAGCAAAUCUGUUCAGUGUCUGACCAUUCACAAAGGUGAUGGACGAUCAUACAUCUACUCUGGUAGCCAUGAUGGACACAUCAAUUACUGGGAUGCCAACACUGGGGAGAAUGACUGCUUCUCAGGAAGAGGCCACACCAACCAAGUGAGCAAGAUGCUGAUUGAUGAGUCCAACGAGCUGGUGACGUGCAGCAUGGAUGACACGGUGCGCUACACCAACAUCAGCAAAAAGGAGUACAGUGCCUCUGAUAUUGUGAAGAUGGAUGUUCAACCUAAAAGUGUGUCUGUAGCAGCAGGAGGCCUGUCACUGGCUGUGUGCAUCGGGCAGAUUGUUUUGCUGAAGGACAAGAAAAAAGUCUUCACACUGAACAAUCUCGACUAUGAACCAGAGGCUGGAGUUCUGCACCCUGGUGGAACCACUGCAGCAGUGGGAGGAUCAGAUGGGAAAAUCCGCCUGUACUCUGUUCAGGGAAACACUCUGAAGGCCGACGGUAAAGUACUGGAGACUAAAGGUGGCGUCACAGACAUGGCCUACUCCAACAAUGGAGCCUAUCUGGGUGUGACUGACGACAAGAAAGUUGUCACAGUCUUUACCGUGGCAGACGGCUACUCGGUCAAAAAUGAGUUCUACGGACACCAUGCCAAAACAGUGACACUAGCCUGGUCGCCUGAUAAUGAGCACUUUGCCACCGGAGGGAUGGACAUGAUGGUGUACGUUUGGACCGUUUCUGAUUCCGAUCAGAGGAUCAAAAUUCCAGACACUCACCGGUUGCACCAUGUCAGCGGCCUGGCAUGGCUAGACGAGCACACUCUAGUCACCACCUCUCAUGAUGCCAGCAUCAAGCAGUGGACUAUUACAUACUGAGCUGCAAGCUAACAAACCUCCACAUCUCCAGGAACAAGGACUACUGUAGACUUCAGUCUUUCUUUUUCUUUCUUUUCAUUUUUUACUCUGUAUUUUCACUCUUUAAACAAAUUUCUUUGCUGUCUGUAAACAUCUCGUGAGUGGUUCUGACUGGGAUAAAGCUCCCAUUAAAGUAAUCGACGGCAACGUUUUUGUGUCGUGAAUAACCUCCCUGUACACUGAGGCUGAAUGUUGAAACAUGCGGCGUAACCUCGAGUGGUUUUUCAUCAGUUUGACUGUUGUGGACCCAGAAAAUGUUUAAAAGCUCAACAUUCCAUAAGUUAAAAAAAUAAAAUCAUCACUCGGUUACAAAGAUCUGCGUCUGCCUGUGGCUGAGCUUAAUGCACCCUCGUAAUGAAGGCACCGAGAGCAGGGCCUUCUCUAAAAUCAGAGAAACAAUGUUCUGUUACGUUCUUGAAAUGAAAAUGAACUGAUCAUUGCUGCAGCUGUUUGCAACCUUUUUUCUUCUGGAGGAUUGAAUGGGAUAGUGGGGUUUGCUUCACGCUUUGAGUUUGGUUUCAUACUUCUUGCGAUUCAUCGCUCUUCCUUUUUUGCACUGGGGAGCAAUAAUAGGAACUGAACAUGUGUAAACAAUCAAGAUGGUUCAGUUAAAGGUCCUGUUUUGUUGCUGUGUGUUUGUUUGGGUCCAUUGUGCUUGUCACACACUUUCAUGUCUUUAUGCAGCCACUUCCAAAGUGGAAGUAAUUCAUUAAUAAGAAUAAAAACACUUUUUAUGAA